AUGGCCCAGCCCCGAGGGGCCGCGAACCCGGCGCCCAAGGCCUCGCUCGCGCCGACCGCGCAGAUCCUGCGGAGCGCCCCGCAGCCCCGCCCCUCGAGAGCGGACACCGGCAGCCUGGGCAGGUACCGGGGCAACGCCGCCGCCGCCCCCUCCCGGGAGCCCUCCUUCCACGGCACGCUGAUGCUCUCGGGAGCCGGCUCGGGGCGCCGGCGGGGAGCGCUGCGGGAGCUGCUGGGGCUGCAGGGGGCGGCUCCUGCCGGGUGGCUGUCGGAGGAGCGCGCCGAGGAGCAGUCCCCGGGCGGGCCGAGCGGACCGGGCGGCAGCGGGCUGUGCCUGGAGCCGCGAGAGCACGCGUGGAUUCUGGCGGCCGCCGAGGGCCGUUUCGAGGUGCUGCAGGAGCUGCUGGAGGCUGAUCCGGGGCUGCUGCUGCGGGGCGACCCGAUCACCGGCUACACGGUGCUCCACUGGCUGGCCAAGCACGGGCGCCACGAGGAGCUCAUUCGGGUGCACGACUUCGCCCAGCGCCGGGGGCUGCGUCUCGACGUGAGCGUCCCGGGCAGCGGUGGCCUCACGCCCCUCCACCUGGCGGCUCUGCAGGGCCACCACAUGGUCAUCAAGGUGCUGGUGGGCGCCCUGGGCGCUGACCCCACGCGCCGCGACUACAGCGGCAACCGGCCCUGCCACUACCUGCCGCCCGACGCGCCCCGGUGUCUGCGGGAGCUGUCGGGGGCCGAGGACUGGGAGACGGCGGGCGGCAGUGAGCGCCACAACGCCAACAACAACAGCAGCGGCGGCGCUGCGUGGACGCUCAGGCGGACCCCGAGCGCAGUGGGCGCGACGGCCGUGGGGACAAACACGAGAGUGGCGGCGCUGUCUGCCAGGGAGAAGGACGCUGCGGGCAGCCGUGUGGCGCAAAUUCAAGGCCUUUUCCGCCAGCUGUUCCCUUUCUUCCAGAACCGUUGA